AUGUACAGAUUUCACACCAAAAGAGUAAAAGCUGCUGCGGGGCAUGUGUGGACUUCAAAUCUUCACAAGAUCAGACGAUCUCUUAAAAGCGCUUACCAGAAAUGUAAGAUCCAGCACUCAUAUUCAACAAGCUACCCAACAGCGCCUUCUUAUGAUUGUGACCAAGGUGAUCUCAAUUUGAAUGAAGAAAUGAAUGUAGCAGCAAUGCUCCAAGACAUUAAAACGGGACAAACAGAACUCCUCAACCAAAUGACUAAUGUUGUCAGUGCAGUAUCAAAUACCCAAGAAAAGAUCAACCAUUACCAGAAGCACAUGGAAGUCCUAGAAACCAAAAUAAACAUUAGCGAAGACAGACAAACUGCAGUCACUGAAGAAAUCCUCUCUAUGAAAGAAGACAUCAACAAUCUGAAGAAGAAGGUGACGGAGCUAGAAAGCCAGAACUCUGUCUCCAGCAUACACUGUCUAGAGGUUCUGGAGGGACAAAAGGGUAAAGAAAUUGUACAACUGCUCCAGAAGCUCCUACAACCUGAGAGCCCGAAGGGCACAGCCACCCCUACAGACACCGUCCUCUCUUCAGCAGAACCAGAGAGGGUGCCCAGUUACCCGGAGCUCACUUGUCAGCUGAAGAAAAGAACAGUGUCUCCUCAAAUUAUAACGCUGAAGAAAACUGAUAGCCUCCGAAACGCAUCAGUGAACUUUAAAGAGGCAAGGCCAAGUAUCUAUAUUUACCCUGACUUCAGUACAUGGAUCAAGCUCACUUUUGUGCAUGGGGGAAAUUGGAGAUUUUUCCUCAGUGCCACCAAGCUAGAGGAAUUCAUCCAGUGGCUUCUGUCUAGACCACCCAUCCUUCCAGAGGAACCGCAAAUCACAGCCCAGAGAGACCGUGCCUUCACCGGACCCAUCGAGAGCUUAGCCACCAUCUGCCUCUCUCUUUUCAACUACAUCUACUGCCUUUUUGGUUCCUCAAAAGAGGAAGUAACUCGACUUUAG